AUGGUGCUGGCAAAUCAAAACUCAACUCUGUUAAAGAAGUUUCCAGAUUCAGAGCGUGGCGAAGAAACUUUUGCUGAAGAUUCUUUAACGUAUGGAUCGGUCUCUUCACUGCGAAGUGAUGAUCUCGAAUUUUUAAGUUUGGAUUUGGGCUUCCACAACGAGGUUCCUCAGGGUCGCCAUUUAGGAGUCUUUUCCACAGUUGUGCUUUUCGUUUCGCGAAUCAUCGGUUCUGGCAUUUUUGCGGCCCCAAGCAGCAUAUUUGUAGGAUGUGGUGGUAAUCCUAUUCUGUUUUUCGGCAUUUGGUUUUUUGCAGCUGCAAUGGCCUUUGCAGGUCUGUACCUGUUUCUGGAGUUCGGUUCGCUACUGCCCCGGUCCGGGGGCCGUAAAAAUUUCUUGGAAGCCGUCUACACUAAGCCCGCCAAAAUGAUGAGUGUCACCUUCACCACUUACACUGUGCUUAUGGGAAUGGCAGUCUCUAAUGCUAUUGUCUUUGGCAAAUACGUCCUCUACGGUUUGGGUUUUGACGAAGAUUUUGUUAACAAAAACUCAGCCGCUUGCAAUUACGUCGGUGCCGUCCUAGUUAUCUGCAUCUCGUUCAUUCAUGGGUACUCUGUAAAGGGAGGAAUUUUGGUGCAAAAUUUCCUUGGAGCUCUCAAGCUACUGUUCGCGUUGAUCAUCAGUCUCACUGGAAUUUACGCCGUGUGUUUCUAUAAGCCGGCAGAAUACAGCUCUCAAAUAGCAACAACACAAUUGCCAUCACUGCUGCAAAGCCAAGAUGUGGUUACAGUUUCUUCCGUCACUACAGCUUUCAUUCAAGCCUUCUUCUGUUUUGCAGGUUGGGAUACCGUUCACACAGUUGCAUCAGAAAUCAAGAACCCGGUAAGAACUCUCAAAAUAGCUGGGCCUCUAUCUCUAGGGGCAUGCUUACUUUGCUACUUGUCGGUGAACGUGGCUUACCUGAAGGUUUUCACGUAUGAGGAAUUCAAAGCGGCUGGUCCGCUAGCGGGAUCCAUUCUAUUUACAAGGCUAUUAGGAGAAAAUGUUGGUCGGAAAUUGAUCACAUUAGGAAUUGCCCUAUCUGCGGCAUCUAACCUGUUUGUUGUCGUUUACUCAACUUCGAGAAUGAGUCAAGAAUGCUUCAGAGAGGGUUUUCUGCCUUUUAGCAAAAUUAUGGCUAGUAAUCGACCUUGGGGUGCACCGCUGUCUUCUUCACUACUGUGUGCUGCACUGACUUGUUUUUGGUUGAUUCUUCUCCCAUCAUCUGGUGCUGCCUACAGUUACCUCGUGGCUUUAGAAGGCUACUCCAAUCAACUUAUUAUUCUGUUAGUUGCGGUCGGUCUUUUUAUCUACAGGAAGCGCAACCCAGAUGUAAUAGCUGAGAUUCGCGCAAAUUCACUUGGAGUAGGUGCUCUCAUUGUUCUGUCGACCUAUCUUCUGAUCGGCCCUUUCAUUGGCGAUCAGCACGAGGCGACCGUCAGUCACUUACCGCCAUACCCUGUGGCAGCACUUCUCAUUAUGACAACAUGUCUCGGUUUCUGGUUUAUGAAGUUCAUUGUAUUCCCAAAGCUUCUAGGUUAUGAAUUGAAGAGAAAAGUGCAUAUGAUGGAGGAUAGUUUAGUGUCGGUAGAGUGGUACAAAGAGUAUGCUUUCUAG